UCUGUCUAUGUAUGUGUGUCUGCGCGUACAUCUGGCUCGGAUGGGAGAGAGGGGGAAAAAAAAGUAACAUUUCUAGGUCGGCGCGUUUCCUAUAGCUGGGGGAAAAAAGUGGGAUGUAUUCCACAACUGGAGCCUCCUCCUCUUCGUUUAUUUCCUUCAGAUUCUGACACCCCAGAGAGCUGCAGAGGGACUGAGCCUGCCUGCCCAGAAGUCAGUUGUCGAACAGAGCCCGACGCAUGUGGUUCAGUUUGUUUCUGGACUACUAUCUAAAGAGUGGACGACUGCAAUCGGAUUUUUUCUGAAAAUGGAAUAAAAGUUGAAUUGGUCAGAACCUGUGAUGUGUGAAAAAGAGCUGAGAAGCUCCCCGCUGCUUUUAGAGAGUGAGGAGGAUUAAACCGGAGCUCAGCGGAGAGGCACCGAGGCACUCUCACACGGUCAACCGGAGCCGGAGCCAUGAGCAGGGUGCUGACUGAGCACAUCGGCAGCAGCUUCUGCGAAGAUGCGCCUCGUCCUCCGGUGCCGGGGGAGGAAGGAGAGUCGUCACGUUACAUCUACAGCAGGUCUGGAAAAAUGAAAGCUCUUAAGGUGAACGAUAUCCCGGCCACUGCUGCGCUCCCUGGUUCCACACUGCGGAGGAAUGAGGACGGAUUAGGGGAGCCGGAAGGAAGUGCGUCCCCGGACUCGCCGCUUAUCCGGUGGACAAAGUCUUUGCAUUUUCUUCUCGGCGAUCAGGAUGGUGCUCACCUAUUCAGGACCUUUUUGGAGCAGGAUAAUUGUGUGGACACAUUGGACUUUUGGUUUGCCUGCAACGGCUUCAGGCAAAUGGACUUAAAGGAAAGCAAAACACUGCGGGUUGCCAAAGUUAUUUUCAAAAGGUACAUUGAGAACAACGGCGUCGUUGCCAAGCAGCUCAAACCCGCUACCAAGACCUUCAUAAGGGAUAGCAUUAAAAAGCAACAAAUAGACUCUGCCAUGUUCGACCAGGCACAGACGGAGAUCCAAUCCAACAUGGAAGAGAGCGCUUACCAAAUGUUCCUGACUUCUGACAUAUACAACGAAUAUGUGCGCACCGGCUGCGAGAAUGCAGCUUACAUGAGUAACAGCGCUUUGGGUAACCUCAAGCUUAUGUGUGGAUACCUUCCUCCUCUUAUGGAGGAAGAGGAGUGGGGCUGUCAUGACUUGAAGGCAACAGCUUUAGCUUCGGUUAUCGGAUUGUCCGCAACAUCCCUGAGGGCAACUGCCACCAUCCGGACAGCGGCUGAAGUCCUUAAGAACAGUUGCAGGGCGCACCGUCCAGGAGACAAUGCCAGGCCGUAUUUUGUCAACUCUGGCUACAUUUGCCCUGCCACCAGUGCCAAUGAUAGUGAGAUCAGUGAUGCCACCACGGAUGAUUCUCUGUCCAUGACAGACAGUAGUGUAGAGGGAAUACCUCCCUAUAAGCUGAGCUCCAAGAAGAAUAUCCAACGGGAGAUGAAUCGCAGUGUCAAGAUCAAUGGACAGGUUACACUUCCCCACUUUCCUAGGACACACCGUCUGCCCAAGGAGAUGACCCCUGUUGAGCCCUCCGCAUUUGCUGCCCAACUCAUAGUGCGGCUUGAGAAGCUAAAGCAAGAGCAGGAAAGAAUGAGCUCAUUGGCAGAGAGGCUUCAGCAUAUCCAAGAGGGAGAGGAAAGCAACACCUCCCAUCACGCUCUUCUUCCAUCCGGCAGCCAAUGUGAGGAAGACCCCCAGGCUAUUCUAGAUGACCACCUAUCCCGGGUCCUGAAGACACCUGGCUGCCAGUCACCUAGUUUGGUUCGGCACUCGCCACGCUCACGAUCCCCAGAACGGACAAGUGCCUUGUUCUCUUCAGGCCAUGCGUCCUUUGAUGCUUGCCCUGGAACCGCCAAAGUUAUAAUGUCUGGCCGGCCGUCUACGAAACUCGCUCAUCACCACUUUAUCCACCAUUAUCAUGCUGGGCCAAAGACCAAGGAGCAGACUGAGGUUGAAGCAGCUCAGCAUGUGCAAUGCCUCUGCCCUUUAAGAGACAUCAAUUACUCCGACUUCAGCCAUGUCACCCCUAAAAAACGACAAGUCAAAUCUUCCACUGAGGGUUGGUCUUCACCAUACUUUCCUCUUGAUGCCACCUACCGAUCUCAGAAUGUUUGGCAGUGGAUUCUGGAGAGUGAGAGGCAGGGCAAACACAAGGCCCACAGCUCCUCUGGUCUUAAAAAGCCCAAACCUCUUGAAUCCAAGGUGCUGCCUGGGCGAACUCACUCGUUAUGGGGUGGAGGUGGCAUUGAUUCUGGCAUUUAUCUCCGUGGGCACCACCCUGGCCAUCCGUUUAUUCAGGACCCGGCCAUUCCACCUCUACCGCCGCCCAACACCCUAGCACAGCUUGAAGAGGCUUGUCGUAGACUGAAGGAGGUCUCCAAGCCACCAAAACAGAGGUAGGUCUCAGCUCCCGUUGAAUGUGGCCACUCUGAUUUUCAUGUGCAAACACAUGAAUUUUUGUAUUUUAUUGGAAAUUCCUUUAGCCUCAGAGACAGGAGCCAUCCGGUCACUGCCAUCCCUGCUGGAGGUAGCUCUGAAGCCACUUCUGGACUCCAGUCAGACGAGUCAAAGGAGCUAAUGAUCACCUACUUCUUCUGUGGUGAGGAGAUUCCUUACCGAAGUGCAAUGAAGAUCCACUGCCUCACCUUGGGACACUUUAAAGAACAGCUUAGCAAGAAAGGCAACUACCGGUACUACUUUAAGAAAGCCAGCAAUGAGUUCGAGUGCGGGGCCGUGUUCGAGGAGGUGUGGGAGGACGCCUCAGUCUUGCCCAUGUACGAGGGAAAGGUCCUGGGAAAGGUUGAGAGGAUCGACUGAAAGAAACAAAAAAAACCAGACCCCAUCGAAAGCAGAAUCCCAAAAACUUGAGCAAGAGACUUUGUAAAUGACCUUUUUUUUUAUUUUUUAAAGUAAAUUAUUCAUACUAAGCUAAAAAGAGUUAAUAUAUCACGCACAACAUGUGACUGAAGGAAUAGAAGCUAAUGAAGACUGCCUAACCGUCCCUUCCGGAUUUUUCUCAACCAGUCAGCCUUAGAAAUACACGAGGGAACGACACAAAGGACUUUUAACGGAACAAUCUGAGGACGAUCUGCGCCGCUUUUUUGGAAUAUCAUGGAUGUAAUGUGAUGAGGGACUGUGACGCGUUCACUCUGACUCCCGGGUUCGAGUGCUGAGAAGGAACAGGAGGACUCCAUGCGGCAUUUCUGUUCAUCGCCAGAAAAUGUUUAUACGUGUUUACAUACUUGAUGUACAGUCAUGGUCAUAGGUUUACAUACACUUGUAAAGAACAAAAUGUCAUGGAUGUUUUGAGUUUCCUAUCAUUCCAACAACUCUUUAUUUUUUUGUGAUAGAGUGAUGGGAGCACAUACAAAAAACAUUCAUGAAGUUUGGUUCUUUUAUAAAUUAUUAUGGGUCUACUGAAAAUGUGACCAAAUCUCCUGGGUCAAAAGUGUACAUGCAGCAAUGUUAAUAUUUGCUUACAUGUCCCUUGGCAAGUUUCUGGUGGAAUUUUUGACCACUCCCCUUGACAAAAUUGGUGCAGUUCACCUGUCACACGUGGACAAAUAUAAGACUUUCUGGAGGAAAGUUCUGUGGUAAGAUGAAAAAAAAAAAGAGCUGUUUGGCUUCAAUGCCCAGCAAUAUGUUUGGAGGACAAAAAGUGAGGCCUUUGAUGCCAGGAACAACAUGUCCACCGUCAAACAUGGUGGUGGCAUACUUGCCAAUCUUGAGACCUUCGAAUUCGGGAGAUGGGGGGUCGUUGCAAGGGGUUCUGUGUAUUUGUUCUGUUGUGUUUAUGUUGUGUUACGGUGUGGAUGUUCUCCCAAAAUGUGUUUGUCAUUCUUGUUUGGUGUGGGUUCACAGUGUGGCGCAUGUUUGUAACAGUGUUAGAGUUGCUUAUACGGCCACCCUCAGUGUGACAUGUAUGGCGGUUGACCAAGUAUGCUUGCAUUCACUUGUGUGUGUAUGUGAAAAGUAUGGAGGAAAAGCGGACUUGACGGCAGGCUGUCCUCAGGUAAGCAUGCAGACCUGAAUGAGGACAGCAUGCAGCUGUUAAGGGGUGAAGGUUUCAGGUGAGGCUGGACGCUAAAGGCGGUGACUUAAAAGCACGCCCCCAAGUCAGAUUUUAGAACAGCUAAAGUGUGAGCCUUUUACAUAGACCUUGAAUUUGGAAUGUGGGAAUGAAGCCGUAAAAAUCUGUUAUCUCAACGGUCCGAGGGAGAGGGGAGUGUGAGGAAGGAGGGAGAAACUGCCAUUUUUAGUUUAGAUCAAUUUGGACCGUGCCUUUGAAAUGUUGUAUCUAGAUUGAUCUCCCUAAGCGCUUUGGUUACAAAAUAUCGAAAUGAGCAAACUCUGUCUCUGAUUGAUUUAAAACCAGCUUAUGUGUCAUAAAAGAACCUGGGGGCAUUGAUCGAAGGAAAAAUGGGUAAAAAAUGCAACAGUGGAAAUAGGGAGAAAUUCGGGAAAAUGGUUCCCCCUGGGAGAUUUUCGGGAGGGGCACUGAAAUUCGUGAGCCUCCCGGGAAACGCGGUUAGGUUGGCAAGUAUGGGUGGUGGUAGUGCUCUGGGCCUAUUUUGCUGCCAAUGGAACUGGUGCUUUAAAUGUGACAAUGAAAAAGGAGGGUUACCUCCGAAUUCUUCAGGACAAGCUAAAACCAUCAGCCCGGAGGUUGGGUCUUAGGUGCAGUUGGGUGUUUCAACAGGACAAUGACGCCAAACACACAUCAAAAGUGGUGAAGGAAUGGCUAUAUCAGGCUAGAAUUAAGGUUUUAAAAUGGCCUUCCCAAAGUCUUGACUUAAAAGUGUGGACAAUGCUGAAGAAACAAGUCCAUGUCAGAAAACCAACACAUUUAGCGGAACCGCACCAAUUUUGUCCAGGGGAGUGGUCAAAAAUUCAAGCUGAAGCUUGUGGAUGUCAACCAAAAGCUCCUUAUUGCAGUGAAAUUUGCCAAGGGACAUGUAAACAAUAAAAUACAUUGCUUUAUGUAUACUUUUGACCCAGCAGAUUUGGUCAUAUUUUCCUAGACCCUUAAUAAAUUCAUAAAAGAACCAAACUUUUGAAAGUUUUUUUAUGACCAACAAGUAUGUUCUCCAUUCACUCUAUCACAAAAAAAUAUGAGUUGUAGAAAUGAUUGGAAACUCAAGACAGCCAUGACAUUAUGUUCUUUACAAGUGUAUGUAAACUUUUGACCACGACUAUAUAUAUUAGUGCUGUCAAUGGAUACAUUUUGUUUAUUUUUUAUAAUAUAAAUUAUACAUUUGAAUUAGUCACAGUCGUUCCAAAAACUUUGCUAAAAGGUGCCUUAACAGGUAAUUACUCGCAUGCAUAAAUUGAAGUCAUUUUAAAAAAAGGACCCAAUAUUUGGAGACAAAUGUGGAUGCAAUUUUAAAAUAUCAGAAUGUCAUACAAGAACAUUUUUAAAUGUUUUACUUGAAUGUUGAAAUCAUUUAUCUUCUCACAAUUACUUUUUUUGCAUACACCAGUCAGUUUCCACAAGCAUCUUUACACUGAUGUAUGACUGACCUCACCACUGACCGUAUAAAAGCCCUCAGCCUUUCAGGUCACCAUCCACGGUUAUUUUAAAAGAGCACGUACAAUACAAGUACAUUUUGCGAUUAAUCUGCAUACAUACAUAAUUACAGAUAUUUUUGAGAUUAAUCACAUAAAUUUAUUUUUGACAGCACUAAUAUAUAUAGUUGAGGUGGAUCGGAAUAUAUGUUAGGUCAGGAAAAAACACAGAGUCUAUUUUAUCCCUACAAGCCUGUUUUGCAGGUUUCCCUGCUCUUCAGGGGUUCCUUGGUCUUCAGAUGUUUUUUUACAAAUAUUUUAAAAAAUCCCCUGAAGAGCAGGGAAACCUGAGAAAUAGGCUUCCUUGCUCUU